UUAGUGCGUCUGCCUCACAAUACGAAGGUCCUGCAGUCCUGGUUUCAAUACCAGGCUCGGGAUCUUUCUGUGUGGAGUUUGCAUGUUCUCCCCGUGAAUGCGUGGGUUCCCUCCGGGUACUCCGGCUUCCUCCCACUUCCAAAGACAUGCACUUGGGGUUAAAGUCUAUUUAAUUAAAAAAUAUUAUGAAGAAAAAAGCAAGUGUGAAAGUCAGGAGAAAUGGUCAUAUUGUGUUUGUUUUACUUUUAGGAAAAAAGUCAGAGUCAUGAAAAAUCAUCCAUCCAUUUCCUACCGCUUAUUCCCUUUCGGAGUCGCGGGGGGCGCUGGCGCCUAUCUCAGCUACAAUCGGGCGGAAGGCGGGAUACACCCUGGACAAGUCGCCACCUCGUCGCAGAUGAAAAAUCAUGUUUUUGAGUAAAAAAAAGAUGAAGAGAAGGUAAUUUUUUUGAGGGGGGGUCCAGUAUGAGGAAAAUAUAAUCUUGUGACGAGACUUUAAAAAAGAUGCAAUAAGUAGUCAUUAGGAAAAUAACCUGUUGAUGUCAUGAGAAUUUUUCUUUUCUUUUUUUAAAUCAAUUGAAAAAAAAUCCAUAGAUGUGAAUAAUGAUAUUUUUAAUUUUAAGAUGCUAAUUGUGCGCGUUAAUGAGUGACGUUUAUCUGCAUGCUUGUUGAGGCCAUUCUGCAAGGGGAGUGUCAUUAAUAAGUCAUUGGGGCCUGGGGGCUCCCAGUCCCCCCCCUCCCCCCUCCCGUCCCCCACCACUAUAAAGGGCCCCCGAAGAGCCCAACAGGAUCAGAUCUCACUCCCUUGACUCAGGAGAGGAGACAACGUCUUCUCUUCUUCCUCCCCUUCUUGCUUCUUUCCUAACAAGAAAAGAAAAGAAAAAAACUCACCAAGAUGGGCUCCGUGCUUCCAGCAGAAGCUUUGGCCCUCAAGUCUGGAUUUAAGUGUCCGGCGCGGGCGGCGCUGUCGGACGUGAUCACCUCGGACGUCCUGCACAGCUUCCUGUACGGCCGCUGGAGGAACGUCCUGCAGGGCGGAGGCGGAGAACACCUGCCGGCCGAGGAGCGACACGCCGGCUGCACCAGGACCGCCUUCACCGCCGAGGUGCUGGCCCAGUCCUUCGCUGGAGAGGUGCAGAAAUUGUCCAGUCUGGUUCUUCCCAGCGAGGUCAUCAUAGCGCAGAGUUCCAUCCCAGGCGAAGGUCUCGGGAUCUUCUCCAAAACCUGGAUCAAGGCCGGCACCGAGAUGGGUCCCUUCACGGGCAAAGUCCUCUCCCCGGAACACGUGGACCUGCUGAAGAACAACAACCUGAUGUGGGAGGUGUUCAACGAGGACGGCACGGUCCGGUACUUCAUCGACGCCAGCCAGGAGGACCAACGCAGCUGGAUGACCUACAUCAAGUGUGCUCGCAACGAGCAGGAACAGAACCUGGAGGUGGUGCAGAUCGGCAGCAGCAUUUACUACAAAGCCGUGGAGACCAUUCCACCGGACCAGGAGCUUCUGGUGUGGUACGGAAACACUCACAACACUUUCCUGGGCAUCCCCGGUGUUCCGGGAAUAGACGAAGAGCAGCAGAAGAAAAGCAGGAAUGAUGACUCCCAGUCCUGCGAGUCCUCCUGCUCUCCGCCUUCGUCGUCCGCCCUCCACACCUCGGGCCGCAUGCGCUGCGUCAUCUGCCACCGCGGGUUCAACUCCCGCAGCAACCUGCGCUCGCACAUGCGCAUCCACACGCUGGACAAGCCCUUCGUGUGCCGCUUCUGCAACCGCCGCUUCAGCCAGUCGUCCACGCUGCGCAACCACGUGCGCCUGCACACAGGCGAGCGCCCCUACAAGUGUCACGUGUGCCAGAGCGCCUACUCGCAGCUGGCCGGCCUGCGCGCCCACCAGAAGAGCGCCCGGCACAAACCCGCGCUCGCCGGGCCCGAGGCGGCCGUGCAGGGGUCGCCGCCGCUGCCCCCGCCGCCUCCUUCCGCCACGGCGCCUCCGACGUCCGCACAGCAGAUGGCGCCCGUCGUCCGCCAACAUCACCACCAUCACCAUCACCACGUGCCUCUGGUGCACCACAUGCCUGCCUUGGUGCUCUGACCACACGCAGACUAACUCUACAACUUUGCACUUUAGAGGACUUUGUGUACAAAAACAUCCGGCGAGGACUCGCUCUUAUCUCUCACGUCAACAAAAACUGCCUCUUUUACCAGGACAUCUUGCAAAAUACUCCAUAUUUUAAUGUGAAUGGCAUUCAUGGGUUGUGCUCAAAACACCGCUAGACAAGAUGUUUUUUAAGUAGAUCUGUCAGUCCUUGAAAUGCGAUUUAAAGGCCUACUGAAAUGAGAUUGUCUUAUUUAAACGGGGAUAGCAGGUCCAUUCUAUGUGUCAUACUUGAUCAUUUCGCAAUAUUGCCAUAUUUUUGCUGAAAGGAUUUAGUAGAGAACAUCGACGAUAAAGUUCGCAACUUUUGGUCGCUAAUAGAAAAGCCCUGCCUUUACCGGAAGUAUGAGCGCGUGACGUCACGAGUUGCAGUGCUACACACAUCCUCACAUUGUUUAUAAUGGGAGACCAAUUCGGACCGAGAAAGCGACAAUUUCCCCAUUAAUUUGAGCGAGGAUGAAAGAUUUGUGAAUUCGGAUAUUGGUAGUGAAGGACUAGAAAAAAAAAAAAAAAGCGGCGGCAGUGUGAGCGUUUCAGAUGUAAUUGGACACAUUUACUAGGAUAAUUCUGGAACAUCCCUUAUCUGCUUAUUGUUUUAAUAGUGUUUUAGUGAGAUUGUAAAGACAUACAUCGAGGUCGGAUGAGUGCGGUGAACACGCAGUGUCUCAGAGAGAAGCCGAGGAACCAAGCUCACAGCUGCCUUUUUUGACAGCUGCUGCAGGAUGAGGAAUAAUCCAAUGAUGUCUCCGGUAAGAUAUAUAUAUACAUAUAUAUAUAUCACAAUUGUGCCGUCCAAAAACAUGCUGGUUGACAUAGAGAAAACAUGUUCGCUUGACCGCUCUGUGUUAAAGCUUCACAACAAACACCGGCUGUGUCUCGGUGCUAAAGGCAGCUGCAAUCCACCGCUUUCCACCAACAGCAUGGUUCUUUAUAGUCUCCAUUAUUAAUUGAACAAAUUGCAAAAAAUUCAGCGACACAGAUGUCCAGAAUACUGUGUAAUUAUGCGAUUAAAGCAGACGACUUUUAGCCGCUAGUGGUGCAGCGCUAAUAUUUCCUGACAGUCCGUGACGUCACGCACACCCGUCAUUCCGCGACGUUUUCAACAAGAAACUCGCGGGAAAUUUAAAAUUGCAAUUCAGUAAACUAAAAAGGCCGUAUUGGCAUGUGUUGCAACGUUAAUAUUUCAUUUUUGAUAUAUAAACUAUCAGACUGGGUGGUCGGUAGUAGUGGGUUUCAGUAGGCCUCUAAAAGUAUAUUGACUUGUGACAUUUCCAGUCAAAUGGGAUUUAUUGACAGAGCCAUCGGGUGGGGUGUUUUCCCCCCAAAAUAAUAGAACAAGCAACACAAUAAGUGUGCAUGUUUUCACCGAUUUUCACCCUUUUGCGUGCAGCGGAUCAGCAGCAGAGUUGCAUGCUGUCCUAACUGUGGCGCACUUUCACACAGAAUCAAAUCCCUGGUGUUAAACGUCACAUCUUUUUUUUUUUAUAUAUAUCUUCACGGCGUACACUUAGACACAGACGUCUUGUUAUAGGGCUUCCGAAGCUAUAAAAUUGCGGAGUCAAGGUCGCCAGGUCGUGUUAAAAAGAGGCCUGUAACACCGUCGUGGACUGAUGGGUCCACCCGGCAACCGAGGCAACCCUGUUGUGUUGAAAGUAAUGUCACCGUAAAAGCACCGAGUAAGAAUUUCGACGACGUGUUCCGGCUCUUUUGCAGGAUCUCUGUGUGAAGGAGGCUAAAAACUCCCAUUUUCUAUGAAUUCCACUUGUAAACAAAUAUUUGAAUUGUGGUGUUUUUUGUUUGUUUUUUUCUACCAAGGGAGUUAGAAUAAUUCUAAAAACGGUUUGCACCAUCAAGACAAAGUUUCCGCUGUCAAAUAUAAAAUUGUCACUUUAAAGUUGUACAGAGCCAAUUGUGUAAUGCUCAGAUCUAAAUGUACUGUAUGCUACUACUGUAUAUGUGUAAAUACAUGUCACUCUUCUAUUCCAAAUAAAGCAUAUGAAUUUA